AUGUCUACACUGCAUGACCAGUCGCACGCGGCUGUCGACUCGACUACGACGGCCCCAGCACAACUUACAGCUGUCCGAACACCCUUCUCCCACUGCUUCCGACCCACGACUGCAAACCACCCCUCUUCUUCGCCAACCUCCAUCCUAGACGUUGAGCGCAACCCAGCUGACCGCUACUGGAAAUUUACAUUCGGCGCUUACAUCCUCCUCCCCUUCAGCGGCCUUGUAGGAGUCGGAUGCAUUGGAUACCUCCUCUCCACGCUCUCUCUAUGGCCAACGUCAUCCUACAAUCCCGUUGGACCCUGGGACCUAUGGCCCUCAUUACUCACCUUCAGCCUCAGUAUACUCUGGUGCAGUGUUUGCCUCUUCCUUUGGUACAAAAGCCGUCAUACAUUCCAUCCUGGUCUCUACUUAUCCGUCCACUUGGUCCUAUGGCUCGGGUUCGUAUUCACCACCCUCUUUGCACUCCUCGCAUCUCGUAUGAUGAUGCGCUUCGGCCACGAUGCGCAGAUUGUGGAGUACGUCAGCAUGCAAGGAUACACUUCGAGUGACUACGGAAACUACCUACUCGUGGAGAACGGCACGUGGGUUUGGACACGCGACAUGCGUUUCUCCGAGGCCACCCUGCACCUGCCACGAACCUGCCAGGGAUCGGGCUACCCUGAACUUCCUCCCGCCGACGACAUGCAUUAUGCCGCUGCUCUUGCUGCCAACGCUGCUGCUUGUGCUGAACAAGAUGAAGGGGUCAAUGAGCUCUGGCGUGCUAAGCCAAUGCGUGUGGGAUUCUCGCUUGCGGCGCUUGUUUGUCAGUGCAUUGGGCUGGUGGGACAUUUUCUGUUAUUUGUACGCGCGUGUGUGGAUACGAAGAGGUAUAGGAGAGUGAGUGCGGCGAGGCGUAUUGAGGAAUUGGCGGGGGACAGGCUGAGGGAGACGAGUCCAUUCAAGGUUAAAGGGUAG